CAGCUGUAGAAACUAAAGUGACUAGAAAUUUGGAAUUUCAUUUUCUACAUAAAAAAUAAUAUGCACAAAGAAAAUUUAUAUAUCUUUCUCUAAGCAAAUUAUAUUGAUGAAUAAGCUAAUAAAAUUAAAAGAAAUUUGAUAAAGAUUAUUGUGAACUGAUUUAAUAGGAUUUACGUUGGGAAUUUUCGAAACACAGCGGCAAAAAUAAAAUGAGCAUAUGUAACCUUUUUUAAUUAUCAUAUUAACAAAAUGGCUGUUUUUUCAAAAUACAUUGAUCUAGCGAUGCAGAAAUACGACGAAAAUGGUUUAUCGAAAACCACAAUCAGUAGAAUGAUACUCUGCGCGGCAAUCUGUGCCUAUACUUUUAAGACUACAUAUCCUCUAUUUGGAAAGCAGUUUGUGAAUAAGAAUAACAUUAAAGACGCAUACAAAAAUAAUAAUAGAACUUCAUAUAUGAAACUAAAUGAUCAUAUAGUUAAUUCUACGGAGGAUGAAAAUUCUAAAUUGGCUGAAGCAGAAAAAUUGAUUAUAGCAAAACAAUUGAAAAAGCAAUCUUUACAUCUAGAACCUGGCCUGAACAAAGAAUUCGUUCUGCAACUAAGAAAGCUUAUAAAAAUUAUUGUACCAAAAGUGUUAUGUUACGAAAGCGGCCUAUUAAUAGUUCAUACUUUAUGUUUAAUAUCUAGAACGUUUUUAUCAAUUUAUGUAGCUGCUUUGGAAGGUGCCAUCGUGAAAUUUAUAGUACAGAAGGAUUUGAAACGGUUUGUUAUAGUACUUUUAAAAUGGUUUGGAAUAGCCAUACCAGCCACAUUCAUAAACUCAAUGAUAAGAUUUCUGGAAAGCAAGCUUUCAUUGGCAUUCAGGACUAGAUUGGUGCGACACUCAUACCGUUUAUAUUUCAAGAACCAAAACUAUUAUCGGGUUUCUAAUUUGGAUGGACGAAUAGAAAACGCUGAUCAUAGAUUAACAGAGGACAUAGCAAUAUUUUCUACCUCAGUAGCACAUCUGUAUAGUAGUGUUACGAAGCCAUGCUUUGACCUGAUGCUUAUUGGGUUCGCUUUGAUGCGAUCCACACAAAAAAUGAAAGCCAACAUUGUUUCAGGCCCAACACUGGCUAUUGUAGUGAUAUCAUUAACGGCGCAUAUAAUCAGAGUUGUUUCGCCGAAAUUUGGCCAACUUGUAGCCGAAGAGGCUAAUCGUUAUGGCUAUUUACGUCAUAUACAUUCUCGUAUUAUAACGAAUUCUGAAGAAAUAGCCUUCUACGGUGGUCAUAAA